CUCCAGGGUAUAGUUGUGUCACUAGAUCUAUUCGUUUAGAUUUAGUCCCAUAGCUUCUGCAAUAGAUAUCACAAGUCCAAACUUGUUGCAUUCUUGCGGGUGAUGUGCUAAGCUGAAAGCCAUCACUUAACCACUAGAUACCUCUUUGGGUAAGCAAAGCAAGCUUUUCACGUGCGGAAUUUCCACCAAACCCUCUUCGCCCCGGAUGGCCCCGAAGAAGGAAGAGAAGGCCCCGAAAAAGGAGGCCAAGAAGGAGGAAUCCAAGGAGGCCAAGGAGGUGGACCUCUCCGUGAAACCCCCGAAGCCGGAUGACGCCGCCUUCAAGAAGCGCACGGACGAAGUGUCCGCGGAAAUCGACGCCAAAAAGGCGGACAUGAAAAAGCUCACCGACAAAAUCUCCGGAAGGAAUGAAGGUAUACUAGAACGCUGACAUGUUCAUUUUUGAGAAGAAAUUUAUGCUCUACAGAAAAGUUGCUCUUGCUUCCUCCCCAGAUUUAAAUUUUGCUUUUUCAUGAUCAUUUCUCGCGAUUCCAUUAUCUUUAUCUCCCAAUCAUUGAUUCGAUUGUGGCACUAGUAAUUGCAAAUUGUGCAACACAAAAAAUCAUACUAUCCAUCAGGUAAGGAGGCAUACGAUGAGCAGAAGCAGGCCCUCUACAACAGUAUGAACAGCGUCAAAUCCGAGCAGCAGGCUCUCAUCGCACAGAAGAAGGCCCUGCAGGACCAGAAGCGCAACACAGAGAAGGAAGGUAGCACAUCUGAUGCUUUAGUUUUAAAAGAGGGAGUUUUUUAGAAUUCUGUACACGUCCUGUUGCGGGACGGAAUUUAAAGAGUGAGAGAGAGAAAAACGUCGAUGUCCAGCAAUGUCUUUCGAAAAAGAGAGUGUGAGAGCCAUCUGAUUGUCUGCCGAAAGGUGGAACCCCGGAAAUUAGCCUUUAGAUUUUAUGACGCAUGUUGAUCAUGCCCAGCAAACACUUUAAAAAUUUGUUUGACCACGCCUCAAUCCAUCGAAAAAACAGAGCGUGAGGCUAAGCGUCAGCUGUCCGCACUGGAGAAGGAUGUUGCUCACUUGACGGAGGAGGGCAUCGACAACGAAAUCAAGAAAAUCGAGUACACCAUGGCCACCCGAUCCAUGUCGCUGAAGGAAGAGAAGGAAUACAUGCAGCAGAUCAAGAAGUAUUUUCAUUUGAUAAUUUGUCUUUCUAGACUUUGCUACUUGCAAAUAGCUCGGUGUCGUGUCAAGCGAUAGAAGUCAUGCGAUGGUUUUCAUCUUUAGUGUGUAGUGACUUAGUUUUCGAAUCGGUGCUGGCUAUAACAUGCAUGGGAAGCUGCUGCUGCUGUAAUACAUCAACGCAUAUGCACACUUUCACUUUAUCCUUAUCAGGCUGAAGGCCCAGCGCCCCCAGGCUCAGAAGCAGCAGAAGGAGUACGAGGCCAUGAAGGCGAAGGUGGAUUCCGGCGCUCAGGUCGACCAUAACGCUACUUUCGCUGGUAUGCAUUGCAAAUGUGUCUGGGUCUGGAAACUUGUGAUGCUGACUUGGGAACAGUGGACACAAUGCAAUACGCAGCCAAGCAUGACAAGUUCUUAAGCUGCUAUGUGUUGCAAGAGCUGCAUGACAGGCAAAGUGCGCUUUUGCAUGACAGGCAGGCGACUCUCAUCUUGCUCAUGCAGCACAGAGUUAGGAGUCAUGAGAAACACGCAUGACAAACUUCCAUUCUUCCAGACCCAGACAUAUUUGCAUUUGAUAGCUGACCAGCUGACCCAACUGGAAGCCGCCAUCAAGGAGAAGAAGAGCUCGCAUGAGGACUUGUAAAUACAGAUUUUUGCUUUCGAUUUGUUGUGGUGCGACCAGUGGUGCAACUCGAAACAUUAUAAGUAGUCGUAUCGGUCUUGGCCUGAUGGAAGUCGGAAUGCAAAUUCGAACACCAAAUUUAUCCUCGUCUAGCAGCACUUGUGGAACUCAGAGUUGCGGAAAGGGGAUGUCAAUAUCUAAAUCCCGCAAUCUAUCCAAAAACACAGCUAUGAGCAGAUCCAGAAGCUGAAGCAGGAUCGUGACUCCAAGAUGUCCGGUGUGUCGGAACUCAUCGCCAAAAAGAAGCAGCUGGCCGAAGACGUCCAGGAGUUGGUUGCCAACCGCAACGCCAUCCACGAAGAGAAGCGCGCCAUGCAGAAGACGUAUUGGAAGAUUUUGAUGAUUGUUUGUGUUGCAGAUAACGAAUACGGAAUGCAGCAUAUUUACCUGCUCCGUGUGUGAAUGACUUUGUGUUGCAUGCUUUGCAAUGUAUGCUGUCCUCUGUUCCACUCUCAUGCAGGCGCCCUACAAGAACUAAUGAUUGGCAAUAACACUAUGACUAUCCUAUCAGAUUCAACCAGUGGGAGCAGGCCGAGCGCAAGAAGCGUCAGCAGAAGAUCGAGGCUGAGCGCAAGGAGUGGGAGGCCAAGGCCGAGGCGGAGCGCGCCAAGUGGGAGCUGGAGCAGCCGAACCCGUACUUGAAUGAAACCACUUUGUUGGAACAGACUCUGGACUACUGCAAGAACUUGCUGCCGAAAUCCGAGGAAGCCAAGGCUGAAGAGAAGAAGGAAGUCAACGCUCCGGUAUUUUAAAAUCAUCAUAAUGAUGACACUGUGACUGAUAAGUAUCAAUUGAACUGCAUAUAACUGUUCGCAUAGUCAGUUGCCGUAUUUUGUCAUGCGGAGACUGAAUCAUCUAACGAAUUUGUCUAGCAAAAUCGCAUAUGUCAACACUAAAAACAGGAUGGCGUCCGAGUGCUGAUGUCCAAGAAGGACCGUGACACGGAGAUGUACUUCGAAGCCACCAAGAAGAAGAGCCUGAAGAAGAAGGGUAUGGUCAUUUUCUCAUGCGUGCUUUUGGAUUACAGCAGCAUCUGUUCAUCGUAAUUGAUUCUCCCAGAAUGAUGUUGUCAGUCGUUUCUCCUGCAGAACGAGGUUCUUUAUUAUCCAGAAAUCACGACAUUACGGACACGGAGCAAUCAAUACUACAGGUGGCGACAAGGCGAAGGCUACGGCCAUCAAGCACACGGCGGAAACGUUCGCGAUCUUUGACCAGCUGAAGGUGAAGGCCCCGAUGACCACGGAACACAUCCCGGCGCUCAUGGACCAGCUGAACGGUCAGCUCGCGUCCUACAUGGAGAAGGUCAAGGUCUGGGAGGCCGAGCGCGCCGCCAAGCUCGAGGCCGCCAAGAACGCCGAGGCCGAUGCCCAGGCCACAACUUCAACCAACGCGGACGAGUAAAAAACCGGUGUAUCAGCAGUACACAAACUCGGAUGUUGAAGACAACGUACAGGGAGAAGUGCGAUGAAAGAGUUAUCUUGUAGGACGACUGUGUCUGGUGGACGACAAACGAUAUUAGCCGCUGAAGAGGGGAAACCAGAGCAACUGUCCUACGUGGUCCUUCUGCGCUUAUCCUCGAACACGAUAUAAAUAUCCAACGCCGGAAACGUGGGGGGCAAGUCGGGCAGUGGAUUUCGUGUGGGUGCUGAAGAUUUACAGUUUUCACACUCUGCACUCUUCACGCGAUAUUUGUCAUCCGGACGUCCGGUGAAUGGGGUCGUUGGUGGAAGAUAAUUCGCAACAAGUUUUUAGAAACACACCACAACAUGCUGUAAAGUUUUACAGGAUUUUCAAUGUACUCGCUUUAUUCAUGACGAUUGUAACAUCAAAAUUGGAGCACAAGUGGUUGUCGCAUCGCUGUUGAAAAAUUUUAUGGGCAAAAUUAUGAAUGUGACACCUGUAGUUAUCGAAAGAGAUAAGCUGAGUAUAAACUAUUCAUAGAACUUUUCGAAACUUUUCAAGUCUAAAGAGAUUUUUUCAUCAUCGAAUCGGACCAUGAUUUUCUUGUUUUACGGAAGUUCGCAAGAUACUGGAUGCGGUUGCAGCGCGCAUGUGCUAGCGAGGGGACAAAAAUACUAGGACAGAUACAUCAACCGCGCAAAAAGGACAAACAAAACCCCCAGCUGCUGAGUGUGGCACAUGCAGUACAAAUCCCGCAAUUAAUGAUUACGUAUGUUUUUGCACACCGGAACCGGAUUGGGGUCACCAUUCCGAUAAUACUUGUCGGGAUGAAUCGAGUCUUGGUAUCCAAAGAAAGAUAGAAGUAAAACACUACGCUUCAGUAGAUCUGUGUCUCACCCGAAACAAAGUCUUUAGCAAAGGAAGAUCAAAUCGAAAUGCAACUGGAAUGCAAACGCAACUAUCGGCUACCGACUUUUACACGAAUCUUGAAAUGUGCUUUAUGAUAAGAACGCCGCCGUACAACCUGUCUGUACAACGCACGAGCAGGCUAUCAUAGUUCUGUAAGCGACACGUGAGAUUUUUCAGUAGAAUGUAGCUGUUUUGCAGGUGAUCAAAACAAAAGUUGAGGGGAAGAUCAUUUUUGCUAUGAAGACGAAAUCAAGUACUUUGUUUCAACCAGAAGAGACCAGGUAACAAGCUGUUUUCUGAAGAAAGUUUUCGCGAAAGGAAUUAUCAGUAUGAAACUUUUC